UAGAUGCUGAAUGGAAAUGCACUGUCGUGAGGAGAAGACAGAGAGCAGAUCACCUCAUCUCAGGGUUGGUGUGUGAGACCCUCACUCUGCUGCGGUGGAGGGCUUCACAGAAACAGAUACUGUGGCUGGAUGCAUCACACAGCAGAGCACUUUGUUGGGCGCGGCACACGGGACGCCUUCCCUCUGGACGCCCUCAACCGGGGACCAUGGGCUCCGUGGGCAACCGCUCCUGGGCCCCGCCGUCCAGGUGCGCUCCAGGCAUCAAUCAACAUCAGUUCCAUCCCCAUCCUCCCCCUAGUCACGUGACUACUCUGAACCACCCCAGCAAAUUUUACCCCAAUGGUGCCCUCCCUCGUGGAGGUGACAAGCUGGACUUGUCCCCAGCAGCACUGUUGCCUGGGUUACCGCGGGAUGCCCCCCCUUCCAGGGUCCCGCCCCCCCCUCGCCCAUGGGAGCAGCUGGGUCUGUACGAGCCCUCGCCCGAGGACCACGCCCGUCUCCAUGGUUAUGGAGGCCCCACACCCACACACCUUGCGGCUCGCGCUAACCAACUGCUGAAGUUUGCCGGUGCUCCCCAGCCACAGCACAGCGGCUCCAGAGCAAUGGGACCUCUCGGAGACUCAUGGGGUCAGGCCCAGCAGCAACCCCGGACGUUUGCUGGCAGUCAGCUGAAGCGCGCGGCCGCGUCUCUGGGGGAGCACUCUGUGAUCCAGCACACGCCGCCCCCUCAGGCCCUGCAGCGCCCCCUGCUGGACGACUGCCCCAGCCCCAACAAGAGGAAGAGGAGCUCGCUCGCAGAGCAGCAGGGCUCUCACCCGGCACUGCAGCGGUUCUCAGGCCCCAUGGGGGGGCACCCAGCGCAGAUCCAACCCCCCACCCCAUCCCAGUUCGCCCCCCCUCCCAAACCAGCCUUCUGGAGCCCCCUGCACAGCAACGCCACUCCACCCUGGGCCAACAGCCCCCCAGACAGGAAAACUAGCCCCACCGAGUAUCAGGACUCGUCUAAGUUAGGCAUGGGCGGUUUCAGCUACAAACCCACUCCAUCUGCUCCCUCACCCCUCUCCUCCCCUGGGGGCUACAACCAGGACCGUGCACCCCCUCAACUGCCCCCCCAGACUACCCACAAGCCCCUGCCGCCGCCCACCCCUCAGGCACUCGUGCACACCCACCACAGCCACCCGCGCCUCCACCCUCAAAACAUCAAGCCCUCCUCCCACUCCCACACUACCACCUCCACCUCCCACCAGGGACCUCCGCGGUACCAGGACUCCAGGAGCGGCGCGGCCCAGCCUCGAGGGCCCGAGCUGGGCUUGCCAUCAGCAGUGAGCCACCCUCCCUCUGGAGCUCCUAUGCAGCUCCACCAUCAGCAGCAGCAGCAGCAGCAGCAGCAGGCGUCAUUACGGGGGGACACCAGCAGGGAGCGCCAGAGCGCGCCCACACCAGCAGCGAACCUCACCUCUGUGCCUUACAGCCUCCCCCACUUCCUCGGCCACCCAGGGAUGAUGACCCACGCCCACGCCCACGCCCACGCCCACGCCCACGCCCACACCUCAGGGGCGCCAUCCACUCUGCCCCCUCAGGUCGCCAGUGCAUCACAUGCCCCCACCAACACCAACUCCAACUCCGGCCCUCAUGGGUGGAAGCCAAACAUCAGCCAUGGGCAACACACCACGGGCUCGGGGCAUUACAUGUCGUCGCUGGACGCUCAGGGUGUGUGCGUCCCUCAGCAGAAGGAGCGGAGCCGCAGCAGAGACAACAGCGGCAGCAGCAGCAGCAGCAGCAGUGGCGGUCAGGACCACCGGCGCACCCCUGGCACCCCCCAGCGGGUGACCCCUCCUCACGCUGCCGCCGUCCAGGGCUCGCCCAUGUCCAUGACGUCCAGGGCCCCCGUCAUCACCCCGGUCAUCACGGCCACUCCUCCGCGCUCGGAGGCCCCUCACACACCCCACUACGGACACGCGGUCAGCAGAACGGGCCCUGCGGUGGGCUCUCCGCCUGGCGUGCUGUCCCACGCGGGUUGGAAGGCGUCGGCGGACGCGCUACACGCACUCCAGCACCAUGGCAACCUGCCCCACCAGGGCGGGUAUCAGGGACCCAAGACGGGCGGCGUCGGUCUGCACGCCCACGCGGAGAUGGGCAAACCUCAGCCGAGCCGCCCGGCGAUGCCCUGUUACUCGCACCCGAGCGCCGUUCAGGCGCCCGUUACCAUGGCGACGGCUCCCUCGUCGGCGGGCGCGUCGCGGGCCGGCGAAAGCGUCAUCACCACCACCAUCUCCAAACACACUGCCCCCACCCGUGCCCCUGCCCCUGACCCCAUGCCCACUAACUCCUCCAAGCCCCUCCACCACCUGCCCCCGACCGUCCCUGGACCCCAGACCACCAGCGUCACAAACAACAACAACAACAACACCACCUCAAUCCCAUCAUACACCAGGCCGGACGUAUCCCAGAAGGCCGUGCGGCCGUACCCCAAGGCAGAGCCGCAGUCGAUGGAGGACGUGCUGAAGAAGCUGGAGGCGGAGCUGCAGUCCCACAUGCGCCAGCGCGAGAGGGAGGACGAGGAGGAGCGACAGAAGGAGAGGAGGAGGAGAAGAAAGGAGGAGGAAGAGGAGGAGGAGAGGGAGAGAGAGAGGAAGAGGAGUGCCGAGAGGAGGCGCACAGCAGAACAGCAGGAAGCGGCAAGAGCAGCAGCAGCAGCAGCAGCAGCAGCCGUCGCCCGCAGUCAUGUCAUCACCACGACGACGACAACGACGACGUCCGCGUCGGAGGAGGAGUCGGCCAUGGAGAGUCUGGAGAGGCUACUGUCCGCUGACCCGCCACCUCCACGCCUGUCGCCGGCGACCGCGGCCCGCCAGCCGUCCCCACCGUACCCGUGGUUGAGCCGCGGUGGCGCAGGGAUGCCCUCGGGGUGCCCGCCCGCUCCCAUGGCCGCCGCCAGUCGCCCGCCACCCCUCACGCCACAGACGGACUUCGCCCGCGAGAAGCAGCGUCAGCGCGAGAAAUGGGCAUCAUCAUCAUUGUCCACCUCCUCCACAGCCCACACCUCGGGCCACAUCGUGCCAACCCCCAAAACCAGCUCCUCGUCCUCGUCCAUCCCGGCCCCGUCCAAAGACCUCCCCCACCCGCCUCCGCUCCGAGAGGCACCGCAGCUCUACCAGGCCUUCACCCGGGACCCCGUGCCCAGCUCUGCCCUGGGCAAUAAGCGUGUGCCCGCUGGAGGCCUGGGCAGCUUGGGCAGCAGUGCCUGCAGCAGCAGCAGCAGCAGCAGCAGCAGCGUGGACUCGGACGGUGCCCAGUUCGAGGAAGAGCCCUCGGAGCUCCUGCCCGACGGGCUGGCCAACAUCAUGAAGAUGCUGGACGAGUCCAUCAAGAAGGAGGAGGAGAUGGACCAAGGAGGGUUGCCCCCGCUUGGCAUCGCCCCCGGCAACAUCAUCAGCAGCAACAACGAUAGCCGCGGUGCCAGGGGAGUCCUGCCAGCGCCUCUGCCGCCAUUGAAGAGUUACCUGUGUGCGCCAGACUUGGUGCCCGCUGCCAAGCAGUCACCCGCUGAGGAUUAUGGGGCAGAUGGGCACAGCAGUCCGCCGGUGCUGAGUCGCCAGGGGUCAUUGGCGUCGCCCUGCAGCCGCACGUCAUCGCUGGAGGAGGACGAUGAAGCGAGCAAUAGCCUCAAGAACCUCCUGCCCAGCAAGCCGUCGCUCGGCAACGGCGUCACCAACGCCAUGGCUGCCCCGGCGACCAACUACCGCCACAAUGACCUGGCCAAGCUGUACGGGCUGCCCGAGCUCCCGGCAAAGGUGGUGGAGGAGGAAGAGGACGACGAGGAAGAUGAUGAUGAGGAGGAGGAGGAAGAGGACGAAGAGGCGCCACUGCGGCGUCCACACCUGCACCAGACGGGCGUGGGCAACGCUUUCAAGUCGCUGGCCACCGCGCUGGAGAGCCAGAAGUACACGUACCGCGGUGGACCAUUCGGCCGGCCGCCGCCAUCCGCGCUCGUGGGCGUCAAGUACUCGUCCUCGCUCUCGCUCGGCCCGGGCAUCGCCAGAGCCCAGCAGCAGCAGUCGUCCAGCGACAGCUGCUCCCCGACGUCGGGCUCGGUCAGUCACCCGGGCUUCGGCCGGUCCGAGACCAGCAGCCCUGCUGAGCAGCAGCAGCAGCAACAGCAGCAGGUCUCGUCCACGGCGACGGUUGCAAAGAUGGCGCCGGUCACCGACUGGUCAGCAGAGAAGAGGCGCGAGGACAUGGAGGAGGUGAAAAGGAGGAUCGCGGCCGAGCUGUGGGGAGACGAAACGCCCGCCAAGGAGGAGCGGAGAGCGAGGGACAAGGACAGAGAGCGAGAGAGAACGAGGGAACGCUCGGAGGAGAAGAGCGAGAGCGACAGACGCAAGGAGAGGAAGGACGAGAGGCCACGACUCACCACCAUCUCCGAGUCGUCGCUGGCCGAGCUCGGACGCAGCUGCGAGGACCUGCUGACGCGGCACGCCCAUUUCGCCGCGACUGUCCAGACCUCUGCCCAUCACCACCACCACCACCACCGGCACGAGGAGACGCGGCAAGGGGAGAAAGAGAGGGAGCGAGAGAAAGAGAAGGAGAGAGAGAGAGCGGAGAGACACCGGGAGAAGAAGGAGCGCAGCAAACACCGCCACGAGAGCCGCAAGCACCAGGAGCGCAAGGAGAAGAAGAAGAAGCACCGGGAGAAACGCGAGGAGGAGGAGCGGACCGCUCUCUCCUCCUUCUCCUCCUCCUCCUCCUCUUCCUCCUCCUCCUCCUCCUCCUCCUCCUCCCCAUCCUCCUUCAGCUCCAGCGGCAGCAGCAGCAGCAGCAGCAGCAGCAGGAGGCACAAGGACGGCAAGCCACACAAGGACAAAAAGCACCGGCAGGUUCUGGCCAGCCUGGACCUCCAGGGCAAGGAGGCGCGCGACAAGGAGCGCCGGACGCACGGCGACGAGAAGAGGAGGCGCAGGGAGGAGGCCGGGGAGAGGGGAUCGUCCAGGGACGGCACGCCAACUCCGUCGUCGUCCUCCUCCUCCUCCUCCUCGUCGGACUUCCUGCGUCUGAAGGCGCUGUCGGACGGUCCGCCCAAGGAGCUGAAGAUCCGUCUGAUUAAGGUGGAGAGUGGCGAGCGGGAGACCUUCAUCGCCUCCGAGGUGGAGGAGAAGAGAGUCCCUCUGGAGGACAUCACCAUCAAGAACACGGCCAGUGAGAUCAUCAGGGCCUGCAAGAGUGCCCGAGUUAAGGGCAAGUUGAAGGAGUCCUACCUGCUGCCCGCCUUCUCUGUCAAGCCCAUCAUGCCCACAGAGCUGCCCAUUCCCAGAGAGAAACUCAACCCUCCUACGCCUAGCAUCUAUUUGGAGAGCAAGAGAGAUGCCUUCUCCCCUGUGCUCCUGCAGUUCUGUACUGAUCCCAAGAACCCCAUCACCGUCAUCAGAGGCCUAGCAGGCUCACUCAGACUCAACCUGGGCCUGUUCUCCACCAAGUCUCUGGUGGACGCCAAUGCAGACCAGCCCGUGGAGGUGCGGACGCAGGUGCAGCAGCCGGCCGACGAGAACUGGGACGCGGCAGGCACGGGCCAGACCUGGCCAUGCGAGAGCAGCCGCUCCCACACCACCAUCGCCAAGUACGCCCAGUACCAGGCCUCCAGCUUCCAGGAGAGCCUUCAGGAGGAGAAAGGGAGCGGGGAUGAGGAGGAGGAGGAAGAGGAGGACAAGAAGCCGCCCAGCACCUCCGAGACGCCUGCUAGCGCCCCCUCGGCCCCAGGGACGGAGCACAAGCCCGUGGGGAAGAUCAUCAAGUUCGGGACUAACAUCGACCUGUCGGACCCCAAGCGUUGGAAGCCCCAGCUGCAGGAGCUCCAGAAGCUGCCGGCCUUCAUGCGCGUGGCCUCCAACGGCAACAUGCUCAGCCACGUGGGCCACACCAUCCUGGGCAUGAACACCGUGCAGCUCUACAUGAAGGUGCCCGGCAGCCGCACGCCAGGGCACCAGGAGAACAACAACUUCUGCUCGGUCAACAUCAACAUCGGCCCUGGAGACUGCGAGUGGUUCGCCGUCCAUGAGAACUACUGGGAGGCCAUAAACGACUUCUGUGAGAAGCAUGGUGUGGACUACCUGACAGGGUCCUGGUGGCCAGUCCUGGACGAUCUCUACCGGGCCAACAUCCCCGUGUACCGCUUCGUGCAGCGGCCUGGCGACCUGGUGUGGAUCAACGCCGGAACCGUGCACUGGGUCCAGGCCGUGGGCUGGUGCAACAACAUCGCCUGGAACGUAGGCCCGCUCAACUCCUACCAGUAUCAGCUGGCCCUGGAGCGCUUCGAGUGGAACGAGGUGAAGAAGGUCAAGUCCAUCGUUCCCAUGAUCCACGUGUCCUGGAACGUGGCCCGCACAGUCAAGGUCACCGAACCGGACACCUACCAGAUGAUCAAACACUGUCUCCUACAGUCCAUGAAGCACAUUCAGAUCCUGAGAGACCAGCUGGUAGCGGGAGGGAAGAAGAUCUCCUACCAGAGCCGGGUGAAGGACGAGCCCGCGUACUACUGCAACGAGUGUGACGUGGAGGUGUUUAACCUGCUGUUUGUGACGAGUGAGAGCAGCAGUAGGAAGACGUACGUGGUCCACUGUGAGGACUGCGCCCGGCAGCGGAGUCCUGCCCUGGCCAACGUGGUGGUGCUGGAGCAGUACCGCACCGAGGAGCUUAUGGCCACCUACGACAGCUUCAGCCUGCAUCAAGCAUCAAGCUCCCGAUGAGCCGCCUGCUCCUCUCCCCUCCUCUCCUCUCGUCUCGUCUCACAGCCAUAACCAAAUCUCCUGUCGCCAAAUCGCCAGGAAGAAAGAGUUUUUUUGUUGUUUUUUUUUAGUUCAUUUUACCACAAAAAAAGACGUUUAAGUUCCUUUUUUCUGUUUGUACGUUCGUUUAUUUGUUUGUAUGUACUACUACUACUACUGUUAAAUACUUGUUGAACAAGCCAAUCGAAAACCAGUUUACUCAACGUUGUUUACAAUAACAAUCAGCCAAUAAAACUCCUGCUUGUCGGUGGUCGGGCACGCCUGUCUUUGGACUAGUCUAACAAGGAUUGGACAGUGGAGCGCCGUUGGUGUUGUCAUAGAAACAGCAUUGGAGUUGACUCUCAAUGGCAUGUCUUAUGUUUUCAGGUUGUUCAGGUUUUUUUUUUUUCUAUGAAUACUGAAAAUUGUAAAUGCUGUUUGUAUUUUUCGCGUGGUGCUGUUUUCCGUUUUUUAAUAUAAUUUAUUCUUUUUUAAAAAUAAAAAACUAGAGCAGCCUAGAUAUAUACCACAUUGGCCUUGUGACUUGUAUUUAGUGAACAGAUCAGAUACUAAUGAUAGAGAUAUGAAUCCUUUUAAAAAGCAUUAAGAAUUUUAAAGUUACAGUUGUUUGGAAUUCUACAAAGCAUACGGGUUUAACAGACUGUCUUUUGUUCAUACAUCUUUGAAAAAUUAAUUGUUGGUUUUGUUGUCCUUGGAGAGAAAGAAAAAAAGUCAUGACUCAGCAUUUUAGAAUAUUUUUGGGGUCUUCAUAGUUUUUCCUUUCUUUUAUGAGAGAUAAUUAUUGUUAUUGAUAUUUUGUCCUUUUUUUGCUUCAGUUGAAUUGUACCUCUUAUUUUGACAUUGGUGAUGCAGAUUCUUCCUGGAUUUAUCAGAUUUUAAUUGUACAUUGCUUUUCUAAUUUAAUGUUCUUCUCUAUUUAUUGGAUAUAAAUGUGCUCCCCCUGUCCGUAGGGUUGUCUGAAUUGUUCAAAGCUUUUUAUUAUAAUGAAUUCCUGUAAUGUUGGGGGUUUUUUAUUGGUGGGGGUGUCUUUUUCGAAUGGUGCUUACCCUGGCUCUUGAGCCUCUUCUGGUCUAGACAAGUUGUCUUUUCAGACUAAUAGAAGUGCACAGACUGGUAGUAAUGAUGGGACUUAUCAAAAUAACAUAUUUUCCAUGUACAUGGGGGGAAUAAACAACAAGCAAGCGACAAGGAGCCAUUGUUAUCUCCCCACAUAAACACAAAACUAAAAACAAACACACACACAAAAAAAAAAACCUAACAGAGGUGGUUUUACUGUAAAUGCAUCAUGGCCUCUCUCAGUGAACUGAGACGGACAUGGACCCUUCUGGAGACCUCCUACUGCCUAUUGCAACUUGUCCCGAGAGACAUUUUUGUGUUCUUUUGUUUUUGUGUGGUGCUACUUUAAGGCCAAGCGGCUGGGGGUGCUAUUUCACGACCACAAGCUCAGAAAGUUGCUAGGUUGACACACGCAUAAAGACAUUGGCACACACACACAACAUGAAGCGUUUUGUUUGUCAUUACACAUCACUAGUGUGUGUGCGCGCGAUUCUGGGUGCAUGUGUGUGUGUGUGUAUGUGUUGGCCUUCAAUGUGAAUGAGGCUAAGAUGCUUUUUCCUCAGAUGAUUUUGUUUUUCUUUCAAGUCUUAUAGCUAAAAUGGACGAUUUUAACAGGACAGUACUAUGGUGAGCUGUUUGGUUACGGUUAUUUCAGAAGGUGCUGAGUUCUCUUUGAACUCUUUUUCUCUUUUUUAUGUUUUUAAAAAGAAAAGAAAUCUAUUUUUCCUGUUGCAAUAUAUCCUCCCCUACUCUCCUUUAUUUGUGGUCUUUUAUUUAAAACUGCACUGUCUAGAGAAGUCACACAGGACAAACAAACUGAGCCACACUUGUCUUAAACACUUUGUGAAUUCGUGUGACAUUGCUAUGAUUGACUAUUAUUAUUAAUUAUUAUUAUUAAAUGCUUUUGAUAAACUUG